AUAACCAAUCGGACACAGCGGUCCGGUCGCCGUUCGCAAGUGGUGGUACAUGUGAUUUGUCGCGUUUCCACGUUAACAACCGAGGUGGCGAGAUAUUAUAUCGUCUGCCGAAGUACCGAAUACCGUCGUCGCGCCCGCCGCUCGCACAGUAAUUAAUAAUAAUAAUACCUAUUAUAUUAUUAUAUACUGGUACGCACACACGCGCGCGCGCGUCGAGACCACGUAAUUAAUUAAAAAUAUUUAAUAGUAUUUUCCCGUCGUCGGUGUGCCCGAUCCCGUUAUCCGCAGACCUCCGACGAAUUUGAAGCAAUCAUGGCUGAUUUAGAUAAUUUUUUCGCAAAGAAAGACCGCAAGAAAACCAAAGGCCAGAAAUUUGCAACCUCCUCAGAUAAUAUGGCUACUGGACAAGAAGAAUUACAAAAAAAACAAGACAAACAGAAAAAAGAAAGAUCUGAAAGAUCGCUCACGAUUCAAAAUAAUUAUGCGACAGAAAAUGACAACAAAAGUUCCAAAAUGUUGGAAGAAGAAUGGAACGAAUACCAAGAAGAAAUAAAAGACUAUACAACACUUAAGAUGCAAAAUUUGACAGCUGACUGUCCUUCUAGCUUCACAGAUAACAACGAUAAAGAUGAUGAAAUAGAAUUUGAAGAAAACGAAGCAGGAGAAAUGGUACCAAAACGAAAAAAUGCAGGACCUUGGAAAUUAAACGAACCUGAACAACCCCCUCCACCACCAAAAGCUGCUCCUCCAGUAGUUGCUGAAGUACAGAAAAAAGUAUAUGUUCCACCAGCUCAACGUAACAAUUUUCAAGGUGGACAUAGAAGUGCACCAAGAAAUAAAUCUAGCAGCUUAGAUGUUAAAGAUGAAGAAAUGUUUCCAACUCUUUCAGGCAAUAAUAGUACUAAAAAAAGUGUAGCUCCUACUGCUAGAAAAGUUGAAACUCAAGCAUGGGCCAAGUAUCAAUGAGCAAAAGUUUUAAUGAACAUGCACAUAAAUAUUAUCUUUUAAAAAAAUUUCUAAAAAUAUGCAUAAUUAAAUUAUUUUUUAGUAAAUGUUCAUAAAAUAUUUUCUACAAUGAUUAUCACAAUUCAUAAUGGAAUUAUGUUUUUCAUUCAUUAGUCUUAAAUAUUAAUCGAAAUUAAAACUGUGAUCAAAUUUCUAUAAAUAUCAUAAUAUUUUUAAGUGAUGUACUAUUUUGUUAAUUUCAUUUAUUAUGAUUAUGAGUUGUAGAUUUAUAUACAAAUUGAUAUCACUAUAACUAAAACUAUUCCUAAAAUUCUGAAAACAUAUUUCCGUAUAAGUUAUUCAUGUCAUAUUUAUAAUUACAUUAUAAAAAUUAUGCAGGCACAACUCAUUAGAAAUAUCUUAAUAUAUUAUACACAUGUUAUAUUAUGUAAUGCUAUGUUAAAUUAUGUUGAAAUUGUCUAAUUCAAGUGCCUAAAAUAUUUUGAGUUGUGUAUCAUUAAAAACUUACUAAAAUAUAUCAUAGUAUAAGUAUUAAA